CAACGCACCGGCCACAGGCGCAACUUUACACACAGACAGGAACGGAAACACCGGAAGAACCGGAGCAGAGCAGACCACAGCGGGUCCAGUUCAACCACUACCAGAACCGGAUCACAGCACACGGACAGAACAGAAUGAUGCUGCAGCACCCCGGUCCGUCAUUGGCUGACAUCAGUUGCUCCGCCCUCGUCCCCUGUCUGUCUCCUCCGGGCACGCUCACUCUGGACGACUUCACCAACUUCACGCCCAUGGUGAAGGAGGAGCUACGAUUGGCCAUCCAGUCCAAGAGGCUGGCCAACGGCCUCGGCACCGACGCCAGCUCUGACGGCGCCAGCUCCGGCGGCGACCAGGCCUCAGAGUGCCGCGCCCACGGGGGCGGGUCCAAAAGAGAGUUGACGACCGAAGAACACGAAAGGAGGAAGAGGAGGAGGGAGCGGAACAAGAUCGCAGCUGCGAAAUGUCGCAAUAAGAAGAAGGAGAAGACGGAAGGGUUACAGAAGGAGUCAGAGAAGCUGGAGAGCGUCAAUGCGGAGCUGAAGUCUCAGAUCUCGGAGCUGAAGCAGCAGAAGCAGCAGCUGGUCUACAUGCUCAACCUGCACAGACCCACCUGCAUUGUCCGAGCGCAGAACGGACAAACGCCCGAGGACGAGCGGAACCUGUUCAUCCAGCACAUCAAGGAGAGCGCCCUGCAGCUGCACGGCCUGGGCCCCGCCUCUGACCCCGCCCCCUCUGACACGCCCGCCACCACCGCCCAGGCCCUCCUCACCCUGGACCACGUCCACUGUCCCGGUCACCUAUGAGACACACCCCCCUCACUGUUCAAAGACUGUUUGCGAGGCCGGUGGCUCCGCCCACACGGACCUACAACCUGAGAAUGAAAGCGCCGACCGUCCACGAAGCUGCUAAACACGGCGUGUCCGCCACUGGCCCCGCCCCCCUCCCUGGAACCACGGACGGCACCUUUACACAGACUUCAGUUUUGUAGUUUUUUUUUUUCAACAGUCUGGGCCAAGGAGUCGCAAAAGCACGAAAAAACCAAACCGAACUCCAGCUGCGUUUUUUAAUUUAGUUGUACGAGUCAGAUCGGAACAAUUUAAAGGUGAACGAGGCACAAAUGGAACUGAUUCAAAUACCUGACUGUAAACGACUUCUACCACAGUAUAUGUACUCAGUAUCUACUGCAUCUGCUCGUCUGAACGUGUACUUUUACUGCUGCUACUUCCACUACUACUACUAUUACUACUAGUACUACUAGUACUGGUACUACUAACCUCUCAGGGCCUACACUGGCUGUAGACGUUGACUUUAUUGCCUCAUUUUUCUGCUCAAUAAUAAUGAAACUGUAGCAGCGGAGAAAGGAAACAUGUAGGUAAUCGUAUACGCAGAUGAUACUUCAUUUACUGUAUCAAAAAACUGUCCAAAAAAAGUAUAUUACUGUACAUAUUUAUUAACGUAUCACUGCACUUACUUCUUAAUUUUGACAGAGCUGGCGUUGCUUUGUGCAUUGAGUUAUUUGUGUUUUUUACGUGAAUCCAUGUGGGUUUUUUGUGUUUUUUUAUGCUACUAUUCGUAAGCACAUGAUGCCUCCGUCAGUCAUUGCAAAAAAACAAACAAACAAACCCAAAAUGACAGACUGUGUUGUAUUUUCAGUUGUAUUUCUUUCCGGUUGUCAGGUUGGGAGGUCGUGCUCACUAGAUAUCGUAGCUAGGUAUCGUCAUGUGUCGCAUCAGCUCC